AUCUAGCUUUUUGCUGUAAAUAUUAAUAAUUAAAGAGAGAGUUUUCACUUAGAUUUAAACAUAAACUAGCAUCUGUUUCUGUUGAUUUUUGAAUGAAUAUUGUACGAGCAUAUGUUUAUAAAUAUAUCAUUGUUGUCCCAUUAUAUUGUUGAAUAACGAAUAACGAAUACUAGUCAUUGCGCCCAACUGUGCGUAUACGUGAUUUGACAUUGCGUAUACUUAAUAUUACGAGAGAGAUAAAGUAGCAUAAAUAUAAGAGAUAGUUUAGGAUAUAGAUAGGAAGAAACAACGAACAAAUGAUGAAAAAUCUUAAUGGUAGAGCGCAUAAUGCGUGCUACCAUCCCUACCUCCAUCAGCUGCAUCAGGCACAACAACAGCAGCAGCAGCAGCAACAGCAACAGCAGCAGCAGCUACAGCAACAGACACAGCUGCAGCAGACACCACAUGCUGCUCAUACGCAACAAAAUGCCCUGACGCAAAACGCUCCACUGCAGAUACAGUGGCCAUAUAAUGCUGCUGCUGCCAAUCAAUACUACCAACAACAACAACAACAACAGCUGCAGCAGCAGCAAGAGCAGCAAAUGUUACGUCAACGACAAUUGCCCACACAGCAGCCGGCUGCCUCCUACGAGCAGCAGCAGCAGCAGCAGCAGCAGCAGCAGCAGCAGCAGCAACACCAACACCAACAGCUGCAACAGCAACAGCAGCAUCAGCUGCGGCAAUCUUUUACCAAUGCGGCAACCAACACCAACGCCGCCGCCAUGGCCGCCAUGUGCCAAAUGCAGAACUUUUUUACACAACAACAACAACAACAGCAGCAGCAGCAGCAGCAGCAAGAGUUCAACAACAAUUGUGGGCACAUUAAUUACAAUCAACCGCAACAGCAGCAGCAACAGCCAACAGCAGCAGUAACAACAACAGCAACCACAAUUACACCAACGCCAAAAGCAACACCAACAAAAAUUACACCAACGAAUAAUCCAACAACAAAUACUUCAACAACAACAACGAAUGGCGACAAGUUUGCAAUGGAUGCCAGUGAAAUUGCCAAUUUUUUAGCCAGCGAGCUAUUCAUGCAGCAGCUCGGCACAUUCGAUGGCAUACAGAGUGCACCAACGCUGACGACGCCCACGCUGACGCCGACCACGCUGCGCAGCAUUGAGGAGACAUUCUACGAGAUGACCAACGAUGUGGUUAAUGCACCAUAUCAGGCCGGCUUCAAACCGCCCCCGCUGGCCCCAUUGGUAAGCAACAACAAUGGCAAUGGCAACGGCAACGGCAAUGGAAAUGGCAACGGUUUGGUGUCGGUGGUACCCACAACGACGACCACAACGGCCACCAUAAUUGGUGUGAGCAAUCCGCUAAUCAGCCAGCAGCAACAGCAGCAGGUAUUCGAUUGCGGGGCCAGCGUUAUGCCCGGCAGCGAUACGGAGGAGUCCAACGCCUCCUGGGCCGAUGGGCAACUGAAUGAGGAUCAGAGCAUAUCCGACACUUCAAGUGGAGCCACAGACAGUACCUCCUAUCAGAAUGGACACAUGAUGGGCAACAGCAGCGGCGGCGGCAAUGGCGGCGGUGCCAACAACUUCAGCAACGUCCUGGCUGCAGCCGGACGCUCUUCUCAGGGCAACACAAAUACCUCAAACAGUGCCACACCGGCGCGUCGUGGCGGCGGACGGCGUCCGAACAGGUCCGCCAAUAUGACGCCCGAGGAGGAGGAGAAGCGUCGCAUUCGCAGGGAGAGAAACAAGCAGGCGGCGGCACGUUGUCGCAAGCGACGCGUCGACCAGACCAACGAACUCACCGAAGAGGUCGAGCUGCUGGAGAAGCGAGGCGACAGCCUGAAGAAGGAGAUGGAGCUGCUCAACGAGACGAAAAACCAGCUGGAGUACUUCCUUCAGGCACACCGUCCCACAUGCCAGAAGGUGCGUGCCGAUAUGCUCAGCGUGUCCACCUGCAAUGGGCUGAUCGGGCCAGCGGCCCUCCUAAGUGCCGGCAGCUGUGGCAGCGUCAGCAGCCACCACAACAACAACAGCAAUAGCAAUGACAGCAGCAGCGGCACCAUCACCGGCCUCGAUGCCACCCUGAACUCCACCGGGCGCAGCAAUUCGCCGCUCGAUCUCAAGCCGGUGCCAAUCGAUGAGGAUCUGCUGUUGCACAUUAAGGACGAGCCGCUCGACGGUGCCCUUGACUCGAGUUCCUCGCUCGACCAGGACGGACCGCCGCCGCACAAGCGCUGCUUUCCGCUGCCCAACAUUGCCACGCUGAUGACGCCUACCGGUCCGGCGGGUUCGCUGCAGACGCCCAUCUCGGGCACGGCGCCGCAUAGCUUUGGCAGCUUCCCCACCACCAUCAGUAACAUCAGCAACAUCAGCAACAUCCACAACGGCCCCACACUUAACACUCUGAACAAGAUGCCCAAGGAGCGGCCCAACACGCUGGCCGUCCAACGGCCCUUCGGCGGCCCAAUGCAGCUGAGUGUGAGCGGCGGCAGGGCGCCCACGCAGAUACAGGGUGUGCCCAUCCAGACACCGUCGACGGGCACCUUCAACUUUGACUCGCUGAUGGACGGUGGCACUGGGCUGACGCCCGUCUCUGGUCCGCUGGUGCCCAACUGCUCCUCGCAGAACAAGCAUCCGCUGGAGCUGCCCACGCCCACAACCGAGCCGUCCAAGUUGGUCAGCUUAUAACCGGUAUAGGGCCGGUGGCGGAGGCAGACGCACGGCGCUAACAAAGUCAAAAUUAAGCUAAGUUUUCUACGUUAUAAUGAAUGAACUAAAAUUGUAUCUACACUUACGCUGGAUGCGGAGGGGAGUGCUG